CACGGAGGCGCGUGCGUAUAGAGGUUAGUCACCUUGUGUUUGGGAGGCAGCAGCGUGCGCUUGCGAUGUUGUCAAGUGCCAACGGUUGUUCAGCGGGUUUGUAACGCGUUAGCUUCGCCAUUCCCAUUCAGCCGGAGUCUCUGAAGCGAAGAGAUCGCGUCCAUGCUAUUUAACGGCUGAUUUUUAGCGCGACAUGGAGGUGUUUCCUCCUGAAAGCGAAAGGAUGGAGGCUUGGCUCGACGACAAUCUGGACUUCGCUCACUCGUACUUCGUGCGAAAAGCGAACCGGUGAGUGAAGCAGCGACGUGGUGGGAAAUGGUCAACGCUUGGUUUGCUGAACGUGUGCAUUCCAUCCAGCCAUCCCGUGAAGUGUCCAAGUCACUUACAGAGAGCUCCAAAAUUCAUCCAGAAACAAGUAGCUUGACUGCUUCAGGUUCCACAGAUACCUCUUCACCCAGUCCAGUUCCUUCUACACCCACACGCAAGAUAUCUGCAUCUGAGUUUGAUCGGCCACUACGGCCUAUUGUGGUAAAGGACGCAGAGGGCUCGCUCACCUUCCUCGGAGACACGGAGCGGGUGCCCAUGCCACCUCCAGCUCCGUCACACAAGCUGGAACAGACAGGCGGGGACCGUUGCGCCCGUCUUCUUGAGCUUGUGCGUGAUGUGUCCAGCCACUUAGACCUGACUGCGCUCUGCCAUCGCAUCUUUUUACACACACAUGAGCUAAUUGCUGCUGACCGCUACUCGCUGUUUUUGGUGUGUGAGGACAGCUCCAACCGAAAGUUCCUGGUUAGCCGACUGUUUGAUGUUGCCGAAGGCUCCACACUUGAGGAAGCAUCCAACAGUGGUAUUCGCUUAGAGUGGAAUAAAGGCAUUGUGGGACAUGUGGCAGCCACAGGCCAGCCAUUAAACAUUAAGAAUGCCUACGAGGAUCCUCGAUUUAAUGCAGAGGUGGACCAGAUCACCGGCUACAAGACACAUAGCAUCUUGUGUAUGCCCAUAAAAAAUCACAGAGAUGAGGUUGUUGGAGUGGCACAAGCAAUCAAUAAGAGGUGUGGAGUGAACAGCACCUUCACAGAACAAGAUGAGAAGGACUUUUCCUCCUACUUGGCAUUUUCUGGGAUUGUUCUACACAAUGCACAGCUCUAUGAGACAUCGCAACUUGAGAACAGAAGGAAUCGGGUGUUGUUAGAUUUGGCCAGUCUUAUUUUCGAAGAGCAACAGUCUUUGGAGGUCCUGCUGAGGAAGAUUGCAGCCACCAUCUUGUCUUUCAUGCAGGCUCAGGAAUGCACUAUAUUCAUUUCUGAUGCUGAAACAUCGAAUGGAUUCUCCAGUGUGUUCCACAUGGAGUACGAAGAGCUAGCUGGAUCUGUGGACUUUCCUAACAGAGACAGCGAUGUAAGUAAGAUCAACUACAUGUAUGCUCAGUAUGUGAAUAACACCAUGGAGCCGCUGAACAUUCCUGAUGUCACAAACCUGAUGUCAGUUCAGCAAUUUCCUUGGACUAGUGAAAACCCAGACUCUCCAACCUUCCAUGUGAAGAGUUUGUUGUGCACACCAAUUAGGAAUGGAAAGAAGGAUAAAGUUAUAGGGGUUUGCCAGCUGGUCAACAAGAUGGAUGAAUCUACAGGUGAGGUGAAGGCCUUUAAUCGAAACGAUGAGCAGUUUCUAGAGGCAUUUGCUAUCUUCUGUGGGCUCGGCAUCCAGAACACUCAGAUGUACGAGACUGUGGAGAGGGCCAUGGCCAAGCAGGAAGUUACACUUGAGGUUCUAUCUUAUCAUGCCUCCGCUGGAGAGGAGGAGACUCAGGCGCUCGAGGUAACAGCGGCAGGCACUGUUCCUUCAGCUCAGUCUAUGAGGCUACUAGACUUCAGCUUCAGUGACUUUGACCUGACUGAUGCUGAGACUACCCAGGCCACUAUUCGUAUGUUUGUGGACCUCAAGCUUGUGCAAAACUUUCAGAUGAAGUACAAGAGCCUCUGUCAGUGGAUCCUGAGUGUGAAGAAGAACUACAGAAAGAAUGUGGCCUACCAUAACUGGCGACAUGCUUUCAACACGUCUCAGUGCAUGUUUGCCAUUCUAAAAUCUGGGAGGUUACAGAACAAUCUAAAUGAUUUGGAGAUAUUAGCCAUGAUGAUUGCGACUCUGUGUCACGAUUUGGACCAUAGAGGUGUCAACAACUCCUACAUCAAGAGGAGUGACCAUCCUCUAGCCCAGCUCUACUGCCACUCCAUUAUGGAGCAUCACCACUUUGACCAGUGCCUAAUGAUCCUCAACAGUCCAGGCAGUCAAAUACUAAGCGGUCUUUCACUGGAUGAGUAUAAAACUACACUGAAGAUGAUUGAAAAAGCAAUCCUGGCCACUGAUCUGGCCCUUUACAUGAAGAAACGAACUGAGUUCUUUGAACUAACUAAGAACAACCAGUUUAAUUGGGGGGAUGAACAUCACAGAGACUUGCUGAGGUCCAUGCUAAUGACCGCAUGUGAUAUUUCUGCCAUUACCAAACCCUGGGCUGUACAAAAGAGGAUAGCUGAACUUGUUGCCACGGAAUUCUUUGAGCAAGGGGACAAGGAAAGAGAAGAACUGAACAUUGAACCUAUUGAUCUGAUGAACAGAGAGAAGCGUGAUAAGAUUCCCAGCAUGCAAGUGUCUUUCAUCGAUGCCAUUUGCACACAACUUUAUGAGACACUGGCCAGUAUGUCAGAUUUCUGCUCCCCCCUACUGGAAGGCUGCAGGGAAAACAGGCAGAAUUGGAAGCUGCUUGCUGAACAGGCUGAGGAGGCGAGUUUACUGAAUGGAGGACUUUAAAUGGCUAAUCCCUGUCAGCACAAGAUUAAGUUUACCCCUUUCCCUUACCCCAGGUUCUUCUUCAUACAACACAACACACCCUGAAGCAUUAAGCAAUGAAUUCUUUCUAGCCACGAUUCCUGCUAUGAAGAGUUCACAAACCACUAUGAGGCAAAAUGUAAUUUUACCUUUGGGAUGUCGCUGAAUCAUAUUGGUUCCAUUACACUUUGGGGGGUGAGGAAACAAAAUACUAAAGCAAUAUGGUCUAAAGUACAGACAUGUUCUGAGUCAUUUAUGUGUAAAAAAUCACAAGCUCUUGUUUCCGGUAAAGAAAGGGAGUGAUGACAGUUAUGUUUUAUUUUUACAUCUUGCUUUGGAAGUUAAUAUUUUUUGCCUGUCUAAGUGGGUAGUUGUGAGUAAAAGAGAUAUUACUUGCUUACGUUUUCAAGUAAACUUGGAUUAAAAGAGCCGAUUGGAAAACCAAAAGAUGUGAUCUUUUUGUAGUCAAUCCAAACCCUGUAUAGUAUGCGAGGAUAUUUGCAGUAUACAAAGUUUUAUUUAUUGUUUUAGUCCCAUGUCAGGGUUUUCUGUAGCUCACUCAACAAUAUGAAGCAGAGGCACAAAGAUAAUAAUUUAUUAAUCACAGUGCACCGAACAACCGAGGUAGUAUACUUUAAAGGAACACACCCACUUCAGAUAUGUAGAAGAAUGUCAUUUUUUCCCCACAUUGUUUUACUGUUUUCACUUGUCUUUCAUAUAUAUAUUUAUUAACUUUAUAUUGUGAGAAUGUGGUUACUUAAAAUGUAACUCUAAAAUGUAAUGAAGGAAAAUACAUAUAUUUAAUUGUUCAAAAAUAUGUCCUUUAUUUGAGUUUUCAGAUGUCUUGGGUAUAUGAAUGGCAAAUGUUUACUGAAACAAUUGAAAACAACUGAUUCAAAGGCAUCGAUGAUAUCGAUGAUUAAGGCAUAUGGCAUAUUCCAUUGAAAGCAUGUCUAUUCCUAAGCUUCAUCUGUCAGGAAUGUGCAAAUAUCAGCAGGUAAUUUACUACCUGCCAUUGUUGCGUUUUGUUAAAAUGCAUUUAAUCUUCACAGUCUAAUCUUCCUAUCAGCCUAGUGAGUGGGAACGCUGUCAGCUGUGUUCAGCAUUGUAGUUUUUUCUAUUGCCCCAAAUCUGAUGUUUUUAACUUGUUCAAACUAGGGCAGCCAAUUUAAUUAUGGUAAUACAGUAUUGUGCAUUCUGAGAUCAGCAAUGACCAAUCAGCCUGCAAGCAUGAAAGAUGAAUAAAAGUACUUUAGCUCCUUAUUUUGUCGACAUGGUAAUCACAUACUGCCUUCAGUACACAAUUAAUUGAAAACACUGCCAUUGGAACUGAAUACCAUUUUAUUAUGGUAUUCAGUUCCAAUGGCAGUGUUUUCAACUAAUACAAUAUUAGUAUGUAUGAUGCUCAGGUGUCCACAUUCUUUCGACCUUAUACUUUUUAUAUUUGUUAUGGUACAGAAGGUCAGUGAUUGUUUCACUACCUGCCAUUGUUACAGAACGUAUAGACUCCAUGCAUAUGAGCGCUUGUUUUCAUGUUUGUAGUGUUUCACCUCACUCUAAAACAGAUGUUCUUCUCUAGUCAUUCAGUCACACCAGUAUUAUAAUUUCAAACCAGAGCUUACUAAACAAGAAGGAAAUUCAUAAGUGCUCUUACCAAUUUUGUACACUUGAAGUAAAUUAGUGUCUCUGAGUAUGUUAUUUUGGUGUACAAUUUGAAUGUAUUGCUGUGUUUUGUAACCCUGCCAGAUUGAUGUCUAUUCAGAAGCUUCACAGUAAAAGCAACACUUUGGUUCAUUCUUAUGCUUAUCAGGUCAGCAGGUGUCAGGGAACCCAGGCUUUGAUGUGUAUAGAAUGAACAUUUCAAAGAGGACACAUUUUAGCUGAACAACAUUAUUUCUUGAUGACCUAAUGCCGGCAUAAUUAGUAUAAAUGAAUACGGACCUUAUGGACAGUUACAAGAUAUAUGCUAUUAGGUCUGCUUUCAUGAAAAUGAAAAAUAGACUAACUUAACGUGCAGAAUUUCGAAUUCGGAGCUUUACCAAAUGUCUCAAUUACUUCUCACAACUUAUGCAAACUUAACACUACCUUUUUUUUUUAAACAGAUGUCCAGGUUGCACAAUAAAAUGAUCUAGAAUUUUCAUACA